AUGGCGGGAAGAGGACGGAUUUUCGAUGUAGGAUCUCCAACAGAGUGCAAUCUUGUCAGAACGCUUACAGGAGAUCGUUCCACUCCUUUGCUGUGGGCACCAAGUGGAUUGGCUAGGGAGGAGACCCCUGUUCGUACGGAUGUCGUCAUGACACGCUUUUGUGAACCGUCUGCAGCUGUAGCUAUCUUUUGUAACAGCGAACAACAAAUUCAGAGGACUCCGGGACCUAAAGAGGCUGAGGGGAGACGUUCCAGUCUAACCCUACAUACUGAUUCGUCUUGUUCGUCUGCUGAUAGAAGCAGAUCAUCCACACCUGUAGCUACCAGCAUUACAGCUACUACUAGUGUCCAUCAGUGGGGUAAAACGGAAACCUUGCUUCUUCUCAGUCUCUACGUGGUCCACAAAGAAGAAUUGACAGACAAGAAGACGAAGAAACGGUGUGUGUGGAAGAAGAUUGCAGAAGAACUGACAAGGAAGGGAUAUUGCGUAACUAGUUUGCAGUGUGAGAAUCGGUGGAAAACGCUGAAGGCAUUGUUCCGCCGCACAAUAGAUCACAACAAGAAAACAGGGCGGGACCCACGUACUUGUGAUUUCUUUGAAGAACUUAAAGGCAUUCUUGGAGAUAGGCCUGAAGUAGAACCUGUGAGAGUAGCCAGCAGCUACAGCUAUGCUGAUGAAACUGCCAACAACAGCAGUUAUGAUGCCUGCUACCACGAUGAUACUGAACAAUUAUUCGAUGAUAAAGCAGAUGCUGAAGACACAGGAAAUCCACCAGCAGCCAAAAAGCAGGCAAGGGAGAAAGGACAAAACUCUGCCACUAACUCUACCAGAAAAGCUGGUACCAAGAGGGACAUAGUUCAGCUCAUUGAACACAUCGAACAGCAGAGAUAUGAGCAGGAAAAGGAAAAACUGAAGGUCCUCAAAGAAAUGCAAACAGAGAGGAUGACUGUAAUGAAAAGUCUGGUGGACACUCUCAAAGUUAUUGCAGACAGACAUUGAUUGUGUUCAGAAUUAUUAGCAACAGAUAGAGUUUAGUGUAGCUGUCUUCAAAGACUGAAGCUUUAUCCACAGUUUUAUUAUGUUAAAACUCUACAGUGUUCCCAUAACUGUUCUGCAAUUAGGUCACGUUUACGUUUCCCAAUAUUUAUUCUUGAGCCAUCAGCAUUACCUAUAGAAUUAUUUUCCUCAACACCAUCCUCAUCAAGCCCAUCAAUGCCAUCAGCUUCUUGGUUAUCAUCAUCACUGUCCACGAAGUGUUCGAUAUCAUUCUCAGACAUGAUGCAA